CAGAGGAAACACCGCUGCACAAAAUGCUUUUCCUCCCAGCUGCUGCUCUGUGCUGUCUGUGUUCAGCGCUGGUUGCCAUGGCAGCAGAGCUGAUCCAGGAUGAUUUAACAUUGACCAGGAGAGUUGGUGGGAAAGUCUCCUUCAGCUGUCGAGGCACUGACCAGUGUGGCCUUGAUUAUGUACUCUGGUACCAGAAGAGAGACUCAGAAACAUUCACACUGAUUCUUUAUAUUGAUAAGAGUGAUGGUUACAUAGGUAAAGGUUACGAUCAUCCUCAGGAAGAUGAUUUCUCAGCUGUGAAUAAACAGAACGGCUAUGAGUUGGAGAUCAAGAACGUUAAACUCACUCAUUCAGCCUCUUACUACUGCUCCUGUUAUAAAUCUGGAUAUGGCUACUGGAUCUUUGGCUCUGGAACUAAACUGUAUGUAACAGAUGAGCAGGUAGUGAAGCCCGUGGUGAGCGUGUACCCAGCAGCAUCCAGAGCCCACCUGGAGGGGAAGAGCUCCCUGCUGUGUCUGGCCUCAGCCAUGUUUCCUCCUCUGGUCCAGUUCUCCUGGAAAAGAGGAAAGGAGAACGGUCCUCUGGAGGAGCUGCCCCCUGCUGAGAGAGAGCAGCUGGAGCUCAGAGAGUCGGGACGCACCGCCGCCAUCUUGCUGAUCCAUCAGCAGGAGAACAGCAGGUAUAGAUACCACUGCUACGUCCAUCACGAGGGGGGCACAGUGGAGGCACCACCUCCACCAACAGCUCCACCAUCAGCUACACCGUCAACUCCAUCACCACCUCCACCAACAGCUCCACCAUCAGCUACACCGUCAACUCCAUCACCACCUCCUCCAUCAGCUCCUCCAUCACCUCCUCCAGCAGCUUCUGUCCCGUCUCAGUACCAAGUGAAGCUGCUCUGCCUGCUGUACACGGUGCUGAUAGUGAAGAGUCUGGUGUACUGCUGUGGACUCUCUCUGCUGAUGAUCCUCACAAACAAGGGACCGUCCACCAACUGCACACAUGCUGACUGACUGAUUUAUGCUUUUUCUCACCAUAGAAUCCCAGCAAUUCUUCUCUUUUAUCACUUUCAUCAGUAUGCACAAUAUCUGUUAUGACGUGAUGAUUAUAUAAUUUGGUGUUUAGAUACAUAAUUCUAAAGGUAUGAAUAUAUACAUACACCUUUGCGUUUACUAAAUUGAUUUGCAGUGCUAUUUUUUGCUAGCUUAUUUCCACUUUUAAUUGGCUUGUAUGACAGUGGAAUGUUAAUUAUAAUCAUUAGCUGUCUGGUACAUAUUCUAUUGUUUACAGUCUUUUUCUGUUCUUGUGUUUCUUUUUAAUACAUUAUUCAGAGUGCGGCUGUUUGUCAGUUUAACAUUCUUAAUAAACUGAAAAACCACAGUGUUUUAUGAACAUUCUUUUUUUAUUGAUAUCAGUUUGACUUCAUAGCAAAUAAUCAGAUUCAGAAUCAACUCGAUUGACUGUUUGUUAACAGAUACAAGUAAUCCGUCUGUGGUUGUCAGUAGCUCUGAAUAUACUUUCACGCAGCACCAAGAACAAAUGUAAAGGAAGGUAUGAAUAUAAGCACACAGCUAAACAAGGACAAGAAAGCUAAACAAAGAGAAGCAGAUAUAAACACACAGCUAUUAUAAACACGUCAGUAGGUUUGGCUGAUCCACCAGGUUCAGUGCUGACCCCCUUUUAUAGUUGUGUCAGUGUGGAUGUAAAGCUCUACGCUGACGACACUGUUGUUAACACACAUGAACAAACAGCAGAGCUGCUUUGAAGCAACAACUGCUAUAAAAUGAUGAAAGAGCGGCUUCAUCAGUCGGGCUGAAGUCUGAAUGUUGGUGAAAUAUUGACUCUGAAUUAUUACAGCUUCAU